UGCUGCUUUGAAGAACAUGUAGCUUGGAAACUAAAUAGGAAAGAUGAUGUUACUUGAAGUUAGUUUACUGUAGCUAAACUAUUGGGUUCCUCUUUUGACUUCCACAGGACAUAAUUCAAGUAGUAGUUAAAGGUUUCAAAUACAGGGCUCUUCUGAAGUAUGGCAAGCAUCUUGAAAGCCCUUUGUGAAGCUUGUGCAGGGGUUGGUGAAUGGGAUUAAGUUUGGAGGAUCCAGAUUCAAAGUCUUGGCCUAAUCUACCACACAGUGUUGUGGUGAUAAAAUAGGGACAAGAGAAGAGAAUCCUAAGCUGCUUGGAGGAAAGAUAGAGGUAAUAGGCUUAUAAUGUACAGUGUCAUAUUUACCUCCAAACAGCAGCUUUGUGAUACCUUUAAAGAUUAUAACUUUUUUAUGGAAUAAGCUUUCGUGGGAUAGAACCUGGAAUGUUAUCCUCAGUUAGUGCAUACAUGUGGGUUGGUUUUGCUGCAGCAGACUAACCUUACUGGCCUAUUAGAACUUAAUCAGCCUCUUUUUCCAUGCACGUGCUGGAGAAGAGAGACAUGAUACAACUAGUGCUUUGGCUGCUGAGCGGUUAGAAAUAUGAACAAUACUGAAGGUCCAGUUGGAAAAGAGCCUUCCCCAUCUCCUGACUAUAUAUCCCCAUCUCCUGACCUUGAGGAUCAACUGAGGUGGCUGCUUUGGCAGCUUGGAAGCAGGGGUAUCUUGUUGGCCUGUUGCUUCUGCAGUUAGUCUUUUGUCUCUUUCUAUGGUGAGGGCCAAGCACAGGAGCCAUUUCUGCUGUUGCUCAUUACUCCAACCUGCUUAUAUUUGGUUCUAGUGGGCAGGAAGGAGCAGGGAAAUGUCUUAAUACUGUUUCAGUGGACUUUCCAGACUGGAAGGGGAUGCUCUGUGUUGAUGAGUGGUGAGGUUUAGAUGUCCACAGUCUCUAAUAAAGCAAAUGAUCUAUGCACAUCUUCUCUGGAUUAGAGUAACCAUAAUUACUGAGACACUGUAAAGGGCGGGAUAUAUUUUUUUUAACUAAAAUGAAUAAAUAAUUCUCAACUAUGUGAUUUCAUUAAACAGGUCUCUGCUUACCUAGUUAAUAAAUGGAAGCAUUUUGGUUUUUUUCUUUACUUCUAUGACUUUCUUAGGAAAGUAUGUGUAACUUUUUGCUUAGGACUGAAUUUGAAGGAGCUGGCAGGAUGUGGUUAAUGCUUUUUCCUACUGCUGGUUUGGUAGGGUUUAGGACAUGAUACAACAAAUCAUGAUAACCCAUGAUUACUAGUCUGGUUAGUAACUGAUGCAACACUUCCUUGCCUUACGCACCUUUUAAUUACUUUUCCAGAUAACAUGAAAGUUAUGUAUUUUGUAGGUAUACAACUUAUCACAGAACAUCCAAGAAGAUGAUCUUCAGCAUUUGCAGUUUCAUUUAUUAGCUGUUUACAGAGUAUGGACGGUUAGCUAUGGAAGAAAUUUACCAAAAGCCAUUUCAGACACUAAUGUUCUUAAUUAGAGACUGGAGCUAUCCUUACGAACAUCCAUAUGGCUUAACAGGAGGACAACAAUUUCUAGAAAAACGGUUGCAGGUGAAGUUACACCAACAUGAAGAACUCCAGAAUGUAAGGAAGCAUAUUCAUUCAUGUUUCAGUAAUCUUGGCUGUUUCCUCUUGCCGCACCCUGGUCUUAAAGUUGCAACUAACCCACACUUUGAUGGGAGGCUAAAUGACAUUGAUGACGACUUUAAAAGAGAGUUACGGAAUCUGGUUCCAUUGCUACUUGCCCCUGAAAAUCUGGUAGAAAAAGAAAUCAAUGGUGCAAAAGUGACUUGUAGAGACCUUGUGCAAUAUUUUAAGGCUUAUAUUAAAAUCUAUCAAGGAGAGGAACUACCUCAUCCUAAGUCAAUGCUUCAGGCAACAGCAGAAGCGAACAACCUGGCUGCAGUUGCUGGAGCAAAAGAUACUUAUAACAAAGGAAUGGAGCAGGUUUGUGGUGGAGAUAAACCUUACAUUGCUCCUGCAGACUUAGAGCAAAAGCACCAGGAUUUAAAAGAGCUCGCUAUAAAGCAGUUCCGUUGUGUGAAAAAGAUGGGAGGUGAAGAGUUCUGUCGCCACUACCAAGAACAGCUUGAAGAAGAGCUUGACGCAAUCUAUGCAAACUUUGUGAAGCACAAUGAUGGCAAAAACAUCUUCUAUGCUGCCCGUACUCCUGCCACUCUCUUUGCUGUCAUGUUUGCCAUGUACAUAAUCUCAGGACUAACUGGCUUCCUUGGCAUGAACUCCAUAGUGACUCUGUGCAACCUUGUGAUGGGGUUAGCGCUUCUCUCCCUUUGUACUUGGGCAUAUGUUAAAUACUCUGGGGAAUUCAGAGAAGUUGGAACACUCAUUGAUCAGCUGGCUGAAGUACUAUGGGAACAGGUGCUAAAACCUCUUGGGGAUAAUCUGAUUGAAGAUACCAUGAGACAAUCGGUUACAAACUCUAUCAAAGCAGGCCUGACUGAACAGAUGUCUCAGCAUGCCAGAUUAAAGACAGACUGAUGGUUCAUCUCAUCUCAUUCACCUGCCCAGCCUAGACUUGCUUGCUAUACAAUGAGAACUCAAUAAACCAAAGUUUACAUUUGACUGUAGAGAUGUAGUUUAGUCUGACUGGCUUCCCAGUUUGCUGCCAUUCUGUUGUGCGAGGGCGGACUUGCAGGAAAAGAAGCUGUUUAAGACUUCCUCAGUUGUUUGCUUCUAAAAUGUAGCGAGGUGCCAAUAGAGGAGAGUGUGGGGAGGUCUAAACUAUGAUACUAGUGUUCUAGGUACCCAGGGAGAGGUGGCGUGGCCUCUAUCUUAUGUAAACAUAUCCACUGUAAAGGGUUUUUCAGGGAAGUAAUUAUCAAACCUAUACAAGGAAUUCUUUUAACGGAAUGUAUGUAGCCACACAAUGUCCCACAGAACGUUUUAACUUUGAACACUUGUAAACCAUUAACAUGAAUCCAGUUGACACAUCAGCAGAGUGGUCAACAGUGAAGUCAUGUUUGAGCCACUACAUUUAGCUGUUUCUUGCUUUACUGCCUUUUCUACCAGUAUUACCCAAAUGCAUGUGUAUUGUUCUCCACGGAAAUUACAUUUAGAGGUAACAGUUGUAACCAAGGAAUCUAUCUUCAAGUGUACAUUGUCUUGCCUUUUAAAAUUUGGAGACCUUGUCCUAAAGGAUAUGCAUAUUGAGAAAAGAGCUUUUUCUCUGCAGAUUUAGCCUUCAUGUAUAUAUAAUAUGCCAUUAAUAUUACUCGGGGGAGAAAAUCCAUCCAAAAACGAAGACCGUUGCCUACAGCUAAAAAGCAAUGAGUUAGGAUUGUCUGUACAGUGUGUCUAGUUAUUUUUUAAGAAACCACAGGGCAUGUAUAAAAUAUAAAUAUAUAAAUACAAUUUUGUAUCAAAGUUUUGUAGUUUAUGGCAAAACCUGGUUCCGUGAUAGGCUAAGUACAGUCCCUGUAAAGGAAUGUUUGUGGCUCAUGUAAAUGUGUGAAUGCAUCAAAACAAUUUGGAGUUUUUUGAUAUAUUUGUGAUAUUUACCUGCCUUGAGCACUGCAAUCUCACCCCAUGGGAAAUCAGUGGGAAUGUUUGUUGUGAAACUUUGUCUUCAGUUGCAUUUUAAAGUUAUUUCCUGUAAUUUAUUUUCCAGUACAUUAUUAAAAUCAAUUGUGUAUAUAUGAAAUUAAA